CUUGAUGUCCUCACCUCAUCCAAAGAUCACACAAUUCUGGUGCGGCUCCUGCAGCGGACCAGGCUGAUCCCGACUCUGAUACGGCUCAUUGAGUUCGACGAUGGAAGCGGCAUCACCAUCCUAGCUCCUACCAAUGAUGCCUUCAGGCGAGAAGCUGAGAAGGAGUCACAGGAACUCAUGACUUCAAGUAGCGAACUGAAGUAUAGGAGAAAGCCUAUCUGGCAGUGGGCUUUGAGCGAUGUCUGGAACGAGGAGAGCCAAGAUAACAUUCAGGCCCAGUUGCGUCAGCAGCUCCUUCACCAUAUCCUCAAUUACACUCUACCAUAUAAGAAGGUCAGCAACAUAUCUGAUGAAGUAGACAGUACUUCGCAAGCGGUAUCGGAGCCAGUCUUGCGGUCCACCUCACUUCCUGUGGAGGUCCCCGACAUGCACACCACGCUGCACUUUCCCUCCCGCAAAGCCCUUCACAGUCCAACUCGGCCAGGUCCAAUCCCUCAGCCACCUGACAGGCCUCGUCAUCCUGGAGCAGACGACGAGGGUGGACUCCUAGGCGGGGAGGGACAGAAAGUCCGGACGGUCUGGAAGUGGCAAGCGGAUGAAGAGAUUGUGAGAGGUCAAGGCCAGGACGAGAAUCCCGCUCAAAGACGAGGAUCGUUGUGGUUCGACGUCGGAUCUCGGGGACAGGGAGGCGUACCAGCGCUCAAGUCCUACGAAGCAAGAGGUGGUCUAGUGAUUGCCAUCGAUGGAGUGGUGCAGCUUCCUCCAUCCCUUGAGCAAGUCGUGCGGACCCACAAGUCCCUCUCCCUCCUUUCGUCACUGGUCGAGGAUCAAAUGCUGCACAGCCUCUCGCUAUCUGCCCACUCCACCUUCUUCCUGCCGACUUCGGCCUCCUUUUCCUCCCUCGAUACGCUGCAGGCGUCUUACCUUCUGCGGAACAUCUCCCUCGAGGAAGAGAAGCAAGCUUGGUCUGUCCUGAGAUGGGACCGAACGAAGCUUUUAGGAUGGCACGUCAGUGGUAGAGGGCUCAGGGAUGAAGGGGGCGAAUGGGGAGCAGUGGGCUACGCAUCGAGGCUGAGGCAGCACGUAGAUGGAGAUGGCAAAGGCCAGCUUGCUACGAUCCUCGGAGGACCUCUCCACUAUUCGCUCGACUCCGACGAUAAGGAUUCGCCUCUGCCUGCUCUGCUAGUCGCCAGCGGCAGGAUCGUCGAAGAAGACAUCCUCACCGAGAACGGUGUGGUUCAUCUCGUGGAUCGCAUCCUAGCCCCCUCUGUCGCUGCUCUGCAGCUCAAUGUCGAGAAGACUCUCCUGGCCCUCAAUGCCUCGCGCUUCGUCGCCAUGAUGAAGAAAGUCGGCCUGCAGAGCUAUCUCCUGGCUGGGGGAGGACAGGAGGACGAUGCGGACGCUGGAGACGAGAUUGCCCGGCAGAAGUGGACAUUUGUGGUACCGAAUGACGAGGCGAUGGAUGGAUGGCUCAGCGAGCAUCCAGACAUCGGCACUUGGUGGAGACGCUUGGAAAAGAAGGCAACGACGCUUCUUGGCCCUUCCGGCGAGCGAAGUGCUGACCCGACGUACUACCUCGCAAAGCUUCUCAAAUACCACAUCAUCGGCGGUCUUAUUCACUCUCACAAUUUGACUGAUGGCGGACUAGUCGCUACGGAGCUUCAGGAUUGGCGACUCAAGGAGGGCCGUCAGCAGAUCCUCGUUGCAGUGUCGCCUUCGAAGCCCGGGCACCACUCGUCUACAGACCCAGGAGACGCCGUCUUUGGCGACGCAAAUGUCAUUGCUCCGCCUGUUGUCGUCUCAGGCACAGACAACCGCGAUGCAGCUGUAAUCUAUCUGGUCUCCAAAUUCCUCACUCUUCCCGACAAUCCCGUGCAGACGGCCGUGACAUCAAGUCUGACGCUCUCGACUUUUGUCGCAGCAGUCUUCUCCGCCGAGUUGGACACGCCCAUUAGGAAUGCACCUGGCAUCACCUACUUUGUGCCUAACAACGAUGCAUUCACUGCUCUUGGUCUAGUCAUGUCCUACCUUCUCUUGCCUCUGCCUGCAUCUAGGAAGGAGCUGAGGAAUGUAGUCGAGUAUCACGCGGUGGAUAAGAUCGUCUAUGUCAAGGACUUUGAGAAGGACCAGAAGCGGUACCCGACGCUUGAAGGCAGCCAGCUCUGGGCGGUCCGAGACGGUAAUGGCAGCAUUGAAGUCAGAAGGGAGAACAGCACGGCCGAAGAAGGCUAUACGAUUGGUGGGCGACCGGCCAAAGUACGUGCGAGGGAUCUUCUGACUAGCACUGGAGUGCUGCACGAGAUUGAUCGAGUCGAACUACCGCCCGACUUGGCCAUCACGAGCGGAAAGCUUCUCAAGGGCGCCAAGUGCGAGACGUUCAGAGAUCUCGUCGUGAAAGCUGGCUAUGGCUUCGUCCUCAACGGCACUGCUCCAUCUGAAUCGCAGCAGAUGGCUCUACAGGCCAUUGCCGAUGGAGAAGACCCGGACGAGGAUGCAUACCUAGUUCUAGCACCCACCGAUGCGGCAUUUGCGCGGGUGAACCUCACCUACUACCUCUCCAACAAGGCCGAGCUGCAGAAGCUGAUCCAGCUGCACAUCUUGCCCAGUCCUGGAAGUCAAGACGAGGACAAUCUCCGAGCGGCUGAUGAGCAGCCGGGAGGUGGGAAAUUGCAGCUGCCUUUUGGCCUCAGGGACGAAAUUGGGCUGAAUAGUCUGCUAGACAAGUCGCUCGGUGGGUCGAGCAGGUAUGGUCGCUUGGCCUUUCGCAAACUCUCCACUGCUGGCGUCUCCUCCUCCUCGAGCUUAGAGGGCAGGGAUGGUAAGAGCGGCGGCAAUGGCGAAGGAGGCGGAGGCGGUGAUGAUGAAGCUCUGGGCUGGAUGGUAGGCAUCUACGGUUCUCGUGGCAGUGGUGCCACAGUAGGUGCUUCCCGUGUCCCUCGUACGGUACAUGCUGCUCAUCUACUCAAGUUCGGUCGUGAGUCUCUACCUCUCGCCUCUGUCUCUGACUCUGGCUCUUCUUCUUCGGCGGCGGAUCGCAUCAUCAGCGGUGUCCCUCCCACUCGCGGCAUCGGUGGAGUCUUUACCAUCGACCAAGUGCUCAUCCCUUACGAGCCUAAUUGGUUCCACAAGUGGGGAUGGAUCGUACUCACUACACUCGUGGCGGUACUGGUUGCUGCGCUGGUCGGGUACGGGGUGUAUAGAUGGUGGGUUCACAAGAGGGGGAAAGGAGGAGUGCAAUUGGGUGAGGCGAUGGAGGGUGAGGAAGAAUGA